AUGGGUCGGAAGCUCCUGUGCAUUCUGCUGAUCGCGAUUCUUGUCGCCGCGAGUUUCCACGUCUCCGAAUGCAAGAAGAAGAAGAAAAAGCGGACGGCGGCGACGGACACAGCACUUGACGAAAGCGAAACCGCCACAGUGGUAACCCGAUCCGCGACGAAAACGGCUGCUGCAGCAGCAGAUGAAUCAGCGUCGCAGAAUGACGAACCAGCUGCGGACGCGGCUCCAGCCGAUGAAGACGCAGACGCAGACGCGCCUUCGGAAACUAUUUCCCCGAGGAAGCCGGUAGCCACUGUAACGCCGGCUACUAUGGCGGCGGCUGCUAACGCUGCAGAUGCGGAGGAGGAUGCGGAAGUCGCGGACGCCGCUUCGGCAGCUGAUGCUGACGUGGCGACUAAGGGCGACGACGCCGAUGGCGACGCGGCUGAGGCUGACGCCGUCGCAGAUGCCGCCGCGGACGCCGCCGCGGAAGACGGCGCAGCGGCGAAGGCGGCGACCGCCAAGCCAGUCGCAGCGGACGACGAUGCCGCUGCAGCUGAUGCGGAAGGCGCGGAAGGAGCGGAAGGGGCGGAAGGCGCGGAGGGCGCUGCAGUUGGUGAAACCACAGACGACGCGGCUGCGGGUGGUACUGCGGCGGCGGCGGCGUCGGCGGAGAAGCCGAGUUCGGCUCGUGGGUCCGUGUCGGAUGCUGGCCCGCUCGCAUGGAAAUCCGCCAAUAUGUCGCGGGAUGACAUUGAUCCUAAAGGCCCCUGUCGCCGCGACAUCAAGCUGCACUGCCAGGGCGUGGAGCCAGGCAACGCGGUGCUGUCGCUGUGCCUCACCUUCCACGUCAAGAAUGAAAAGUCCGGCAACGAGCUGGGCGGUCCCAAGGUGUCCAAGAAGUGCAAGAAGGACGUGCGGGCGUUCAGGGCGGAGAUGUACAAGGACCUCAGCAUGGACAAGGCACUGGCCACAGCAUGCAAGGCGGACAUCACCAAAUUCUGUGACGACGACUUUCUCUACCCUGAGCCUGGCAACGUUGUCGCGUGCCUCAGGGAGGUGAACCAGGUGGAGAAGCUGGCAGACGAGUGCCGGGCAGAGGUGCUGCGAGCGCAGUUGGAGGCAGCAGAGGAUUUCAAGAUGGACCCGCAGCUCAACCAGCUCUGCUCUGCUGAGGCUGAUAGGCUCUGCAAGGGCGUGGAGCCGGGGGAAGGGCGCGUGCAGGACUGCCUGAGGGAGCACCGAGCGCAGCUAGCAUGGGACUGCCAGGCGGAGCUGUUUCGGCAGGAGGUGGAGAACGCGGGGGACAUCCGCCUCAACGUGCGGCUGUUCCAGGCAUGCCUCAACGACCAGCGCCGCUUCUGUGCCGACGUCAAGUAUGGCGAUGCACGCGUGAAGGACUGCCUUGAAGACCACCGCCUCGACCCCGACUUCUCGCCAUCAUGCAAGACGGAGUUUGAGAAGAUGAUGGCACGCCGGUCCACCGACUUCCGCCUCGACGCCACGCUGCGCAAAUACUGCAAGGCGGACAUUGCCGAGAUCUGCUACCCUGACGCGGAGGACAUAUCAGACGUGGCGAAUUUCGAUGCCAAGGUGAUCGAGUGUCUGCAGGACUACCGGGACGAGCUCAAGGACGCCAAGUGCAAGGCCGCCGUGCACCGGCUCACCGCCCGCGCUGCAGAGAGCAUUCGCUUUGAUCGGCCCCUGGCUGACGCGUGCCACGAGGACCGCACGACCAUCUGUCGGGACGUGCCGGACGGCAUGGCGCAGGUGUUUCUGUGCCUGCAGGACAACAUGGGCAAGCUUAAAGAGUCGUGCCGCACCGCGCUCUUUGAACAGCUGGUGCGCAUGGCGGAGGACAUUGACUUCAAGUUCCCCAUGAAGCGCGCCUGUGCCUCGGAGCUGCAGAAGUUCUGCAAAGACAUCCCGCAUGGCCAUGCAGCGAGGGUGAAGUGUCUGCAGGAGAGCAUAGACAGUGCGGACAUGGGAGAGGAGUGCCGCAAGGAGGUCAAGCGAGACAUGGCCCGCUCUGCAGGAGACUACCGUCUCAACUACCGUCUGCACCGCGCCUGUCUCCCGGAGAUCCAGAAGCACUGCUCGCACGCGUGCGACGCUGCCAGCACCAACGGCUCCGUCACGUGCGCGGGCACCGUGGUCAAGUGCCUGCAGGAGAAUCAGGAUCAAAUCGAAUCGGAGUCGUGCAAGCAGGAGAUCACGUCGUUCAGCAUCCUCGAGGCCAAGGACCCGCUCUCCCUCGACGUGCCCCUGCAGGCGGCCUGCAAGGCGGAUUUGCAGGCGCUGUGCCCGGACGUGGGGAGGGACCAUGGGCGGAGCUUGGCUUGUCUGAGGGGCAAGAGGGAGCAGCUGAGUGCGCCGUGCAGGAAGGAGGAGAUGCGGUUCAGCAUUAUGGAGGCUUCGGAUAUUCGCAUCACACCCAGCCUCAUGAACGCGUGUGGGCAAGAGCUGCAGAGCUUCUGUCGUGAUGUGCCACCCAUGGGGGGCCGAGCGUUCAAGUGUCUGCAGGAGCACGUGAGCGACGUGGGCAUGGGCGCGGCCUGCCAGGGCGAGGUGAACCUGCAGAUGACCCGCCGCGCCGCCAACUACCGGCUGGACGUGCGGCUCAGGGAGGAGUGUGCGGGCGACCUGAAGCAGUACUGUGAGGGCAAGGACGCCGGCAAGGAGGGGCACGCCGUGGUGCUCAAAUGCAUGGUCGACAACUUCAAGAGCCUCGUGCCCUCGUGUCAGGGAGAGGUGUCCUACGUGGUGCGCAUGGCCCUCUUCCAGUACCACCGAGCUGCUUAUCUCACGUCGCCCUGCGACGAUGCAGUGGACAGCAUCUGUGUGGCCCCGGGCGCCCGCAAGCCCAAGGAGAUCAACGGCGCCGUCAUCUCCGUGUUCGGCCAGUGCCUGCUGUCCGCGCAGCCCGAUAAGCUAUCUGAGGAGUGCCGCGCGCUGGUGCAGGUGGCGGGCAAGGAGGGCUCGUAUGUGAAGGGCGGGCUGGACCAGGCCACGCUGGACGAGGCCCUGGCGAAGCUCAAGGAGCUCCCUGCGGCAGCCGCAGCAGACGGGUCAAGUGGCAAGUCAGGGCUGGUGAUUUCAGGCUGGCUGGCCUUUGCAGCGCUGGUGGCUGUGGUGGUGGUUGCUGUUGCUGCUGGCUUUGGCAUCUACCACAAGUACUUCAGCCCCACUCGCAACUACACCUUGGUCGUCAAAUCAGCCCCCCCGGGCACUGUUUAG